GACAUUCGAAUCGCGAUCGUCUGCGCGCGCUGCGUGCACUAACUACGCUUCUACCCGGAGCCGUCCCGUUGAAGUCUGGAAAGACACUGCAUAAAAAGGUGUAACCUUGUGCAAUUCUAGCCGUUAUACUAACGAAAUUUUACACAGAAGAAUCACUACAAAAUGCAUUCUAGUUUUAAGAAGAAACCUGUCGUCCAACUGGUUUGUCGAUUCUGCGACUCGUGCAUCUGCAAACGUGGAAUGAAAGCUGUUCUUCUUGCCGACACAAACAUGGAACUGUAUUCAACAGAUGCUCCUUGCGCUGGGAAAAUCAGUAACGUGGACAAGCCGUACUCAACAGGGAAAUGUGAAUGCAGAAUAUCCGACACAGCAUGUAAUCAUUGUGGGAACAAUGUCGGCUACACCAUUAUGAUCCCAUGUGUACCCUGCCUUCAGUCAUGUAACAAUGGUCAUCUAUGGAUAUUCAACAGUACUGUGGUAUGGGCUGAGGGACAGCUAGAUAAAUCAGGAUGUGAUGUAUUACGAUGGGACAGCUUGUCGGAAUGUCCAGGUGAUGAUAACAGCCAAGAAUCUUUCCAUGAAGACAAGGACGACAUUGACUGCAUCCGGUGAUCAAUCCAAGGCAUUUUAUGGAUGAAACAGCAGCUGCAUUAUAUGCCUUUUGAAAUUGAAAAAAGACCUCUUUUCCACCAUUAUACUUUCAGCCUAUGUUGAUCGAGUGUGAAAUCGCUUUAUUUAUAGCCAAAUACUACUAUGAAUGUAUUUGCAUUAUGUGCUCCUUAAACUAUUUCAUGAAGUAGGUUUGAUAUUAACAAUUAGUAUAUUUGUACAGGAUUCAGGAAUCCUUAGUAUUCGUUGGACCCAACCAGCAUAUAUGAGGUGAUACUGCAUGGAAGUAUAACAGUGGUAGAGGAAGUUUCAGAGUCAUUCAACAUAAUUAUGCUCCCACAACAUUUGUACAAGACUUCUUCUUUUUUGUAAAUCAGAGAUAUAUAGGGGUAGGGGUUUUAAUGAGUCAAAGUAGUGUAGGGGUAACUUGGCAAUCUAUAUCAAAAGACCACAUCUACACAAAACGCUUUAAAUCAAAUACAAACUGUCUAGAUAUGAUGUCCAAUUUUAUCAUAAUGAUUAUAACUGGUGCUUAUGAACAGUUUUUCUGAAAUGGAAUUCUUCAAAUAUUUUUUUAAGGAGAAAAAUAUUAGCAUAUGUGCACUGCACACAUUAGACAUGUAGAAAUUCAUGCCCAAAAAGUAAAGCAUUUAGAAAAGAAAUCUUUAGUAGAAAGAUGGUCAUUUUCACAUUACAAAUAGUAGUCAAUAGUACUUUUCACGUUUGUUAUCAUUCCUUCUUUUUAAAGUUACUUCUUGAUUUGUCAACAAAGUACGAAUCAUAUUGAUUUUACAGUGGAAGAUGCUUUAUUUUAUAGGCAGCUUGGAUGAUUUGUAUUAGUCUAUGGUGAAAUUGUAUUUUUGUAUAUAGCCAGCACAGAAAAGCAUGUUGAUUUUAUACUUAGAAAGGCCACUUCACUUCAAAGCAAUAUGUGAACUUAACUUCUGUAAACGUGAAAUUGACAUGCAUAACCUUUUCUUCUACAUGUCUGUGAACAGCAAUAAAAUAUUACAAGAAACAAUUGCCCAAUGCCUGGCUGGAAUGCUCCCCAGGGAGUGGAGAUUGUGCACACAGUGUGUGCGGGCAAGCACUGAAUCCAGUGAGCGGGGUAAUAGGAUAUCUGUAAAGCGCUUAGAUAUAACAGCAGAAUAUUAUUUUUAUUAUUUAUUAAUGAAAAUGUAGAAUUGGAUCAUUACCUUUCCAAUUUCCACAUUUACAGAAUAUGGACAUGGUAGUGAAUGAAUUUAGGCAUUGAUUUAACAUGUCAUUAUUUAUUACAUGUUGAUAAGCUGAUGGAAUUUAAAUGAUUUAUAUUAGGGAACUGUAUCUAAAAACAGUAAGCUUUUCAUUAGUCUCUUUAGAUUACAGACUAUAUGUUGAUUGUUCAAACUCUGUUAUGCCUUUUUAAAGUUUUAUUUAUUGGCAUCAUUAUUUUGUUACAUGAUAUGACACCUUGAUUAAUUCAUGAAAAAUUUGAAUUUUAGCCUUUUUUUUUAAUUCACAAACCAGACUUCUUUUGUUUGUGGUGUGCAUAUAUACAUGUAUAAGUACUUCCUAAUUUAUCAAGGACAAUACAAGUUUCAUGAGCUUUGAAUUAUAAAUAAGCACUGUGUAGCAUUUAAGGAGUUUAUAUCAUUAUUAGGGAUCAACUUUGUUCAUAGGGGAUUUCAUUUUACUUUCAUACCUCCAGAGAAUGUAAUAUGAAAUAUUUUCCUACUGAAAAAAAAAAAAAAAAAAGAUUUAUGCAGUCAUUGUUACAAACAAUGCAUCUUUUUUUUUUUAUAUUAGAGUAAAUAUGCCUAGCUCUGAAAUGUUUUUUUGUUUGUUUACCAAUAACAAUUUGGGCUUUAAAGAAAUUAGAUAGGGGCAGUAACAUUGGGGUAUAUCCACGCUAAACACAGCAGGAAAAGACAUCAAAUCAGUCCAGAUAUUCAUGAGAAUUUUGUGAGAAUUUUAGCUCACAUUUAUUUAACAUUGCAAUGUUGUAGAAAAGAAGACUAUUUUUUACAUUCUUAUUUAAAUAAUUACAUUUUUAUGUGAUUGUAUAUCAAUUAUCAAUUGUUCUUAUGUAAAUACUUUCAUAUCAGUACAUAUUGAAUACUUGUAAAAUAGUAACCUAACAUCUCAUAUAAUAAAUAUGAUAAAUAACUUGUAAAUA